UACAGAAGUACAUACACGCCGCAGGCUCGUGGGUCGCGUAAAAACCUAAACCCUAGUGUGCUCGUCACCGAGUCUAUUUACCGGAAGCUCUGGUCUCGCAUUUUCUUCGUCCGAUCGCCUCUCGCGCCGACGAGCUGCAGCGGAAAGCGGCAUCCGUCGUGGAGUGAGAGCGGCAACGAGCUGUUGUCUUCUGUACCUCUUUUUUGCGUUCUUGUUUGUAAUGUUUGUCUUUCGGAAGGGAAUCGUUUGACGGGCUGUGGAUCACGGGAAUGCCGGCGCUCUCUCAUCUCCCGCUCGCCUCUUUCCAUAUGGUCGCCGUGUGAUGCCCAUCAAUAAGCCCGGAUGCAGGCGUCUGCGAGAGGACUCGCCUUCUCUUCUUCCCCAGUCUCGUCUUCCACCAAAAGGGUGUUCAUUGACUUAUCUAGUGCACUACUUCGAUCGAGUUUCAGAGGAUGGGAAAAAUCAUUUUCUGCAUUGGUUCCCUCUGGCCCAUAUAAACCACAAAAAGGCGAGAAGAUAUCUGAACAAGAAAGACGUGCUUUGGUGGAAUCUUUUGUUGACAAGUACAGAGCCUCAAAUGCAGGAAGAUUUCCUCCUGUUUCCCAUGUUCGGCAAGAGAUUGGUGGGUCUUAUUACAUAAUAAAACAACUUGUUCAAGAAAUGAAGUACAAUAAAAGGUCAUCUUUGAAUGGAGGAGCCCAUCAUUUGACAAAAGCAGAAGACGUUGAUCAAAGUUCAAGUGCCAAGAAAGUGCCCUUUACAUCUGCUGUAGACAAUAUGUUGAAAACAGAUGUAGGUGACAAACAGGAUGAAUCAUCAGUCUCACUGAAAUUGGAUAUCGGAGUAGAUGCCAUGCAGUCUCCAUCAGGAGAAACUAUAGGCUCCAGAACAGAGAAAAGUGCUAAUGACAUUGCGCAUGAUGCUUCUUUCUCAAAGGUGGUUGAACAUAAUAGAGGAAAAGAUGAAGUUUUGGAGACUGAGGAACAUCUUAGGGAUCACCCAAGAAGCACUGAGCAGAGCGAUUCAUCGGCAAGAACAACAGACUUGUGGGGAAAUUUGAGACUUUUGGCAGACGGGAUUGUUAGCUUUUGGAGGAAAAUGUAGCGGGUUUUGGUUACAUUAUUUCGCACAGGAAUAUGCAAGAUUUGAGAUGUAUUUUCCCUUGUUGCUACAUAAUUCUCAUCUUGGUGCCGCUGAGACGGGUAUCUUGCAAUUUCUCCAGUGGGUUUUGUUUCUGCAAAGUAGUUGCAUGUUAUUCUGUGACAUCACAUCAUUUUGAUCUGUGUACUUAUCGUUGUGCUUUGCCUUGCCAAGUACCGUAGAUACAGUUAUCGAUACACUGUAUUUUAGAUACAGUGAUGUGUUGCACCUUGUUAUUGGUUGAUCUUUAUCACAAGAAUAUUGUCCCGUUUUUGCUAUUUGACAUUACGAAAUGAUGGUAUUGCUUACUGUA